CUUGGUCCACGUGAUCUUCGACACAGCUAACGCGAGAAGAUUGGCAUAUGCUGGUCACUCUUGACUCACGACUCGGCUCUGGGAUCGCUAUGCUGCUUGGGGGAGCUCCCACCAUUCUUUCCCAUCCUCUGCCACUUGUCGCUCUUGUCACACUUCGCACACAUCAUCCAAAAGCGCUCUUCGCGAGGAAUAGACGACUCUAUAGUCGGGACUGGCUUGGUCUUUCCGGCAACAACUUUAUCCAAUCCUUGGCUGAUAACUUCAUACAAAACUUGUCUCGAUAGUCUGAGCUUGAAGUCCGCUUUGCUCAAAGGUACUGCUCUCAUUCGCCAAUAAGACUCGCCUUCAGCAUCAUCGCAACAGCCAGUGACUUGGGAAAUGUCGCGCAAGAGGCCAGAUUUGAUCGAGCGGACGAGGUAUCCGAAUCCUCUUCCGCUCCCUCCUUAUGCUCCGAAGCUCCUAAGUAUUCCUGCACCGUCAAAUCGAUACGCCCACCCUUCAUUUGCAUCGAGGCUAGCAGCCGCUCAUGCCCUCCCACUGGUCGUGGAUGCCAAUGCGGGCAUGCCGCUGGAGCAUGCGCUGCUCACGCACGCUCCUAGCUGGGGUGGACCUGCGGAUCAAGAUGUUUCUCGAGAGCCCUUGGACAUGAAAGAUCUCGACGGGGAGGACAGGUGGCUCCUCUCCGCGGACCUUGCCGAUCCGCCCGCUACGUCAAGAGCUGGAACCGCCGGUGCACAAGGGGCAGACGUUCGUGCUGAGAUGGUUGGACCUGCCUUCGCGACAUCCGACAACGUGACUUGGCUGCGCAAGACAGAGCUGCUUGCGUCCCAAGAGUUGCAGAAGAAAGAACGGAAGGCUGCCGUGGCGCAAGAGAUCAUCGACACAUCGGAAGAGGCGCAACGGGCCAGAAUUGAGCGCACCUUCUCCGCGACAAGCAAGCCCCUCAGCGAAUUGAAGCACCCUAACAAGCCCAAUGUCCAUGCUGUCAGCGUGUACGAUGUGCUGCCAGAUGAACAGACUUGGGCUACAGACUUCAGCGUCUAUCGCUUCGCGGACCCGCCUGGCAGACGAGCUCAGCGUGCAAGUGAUGAGGGUCGUCUCAAUGCGAUGUUCAUCCGCAAGUACGGGCGCGCUCCGCCUCUCGACAAUUAUUCUCUUUACAUGCCUACCUCUCGAUUAAGCCAGCUCGAUGCUGAUCCUCAAGACUUUGAGCAAGAUCAACGAGAGCAAACAGAACGCUUCCUGCGCAGACGUGAGGCGGGUUGGGUUGGGCCACCGAUGGAAAUGAACGAAGAUGACGACGACGACGCUCAGCCGACCUCUGACCCGAGGCAUACGACGUUCUUUAAGCUCCUUCGAGAUUACGAGCAGGCAGAUCCCUAUAAGCCGACGCAGGAGCUCAUUCUUGUGCUCGCAGAGCAGCCGUCGGUUCAGCACACCGGAUCUGAAGACCCUGCAGAGGGAAGCAACUCCGCAUAUCAGCUUCCUCAUGGUCAGCUGCCUAGUCUGAGCUCAGAAGAAGAGGCAUUCGCCCUUGGUCAAUCAUCUUCCAACGGAAAGCAGAGAGCGCAGGAGACCCGAGCGCAGGUCGCCUUCUACCAUCCGAUUCAGACGAGAGCUGGCUUGCGCGCAAAGCGUAGACCCUAUAAGCCGCGCCAAAAUGAAGCAUUUUUCGCACAAGCAUCCGUCGGACAUCGCGAUCUCUCAGAACGGGAACGCAUUCUGCGCUUGCACGCGCGCGCCGAAGUGGAUCACUUCGAUACGGAACUUCCUGCCGUGCCCGAGCCUGAUCCCGAGAUGGAGGACGAAGAUGAGGACGCAGAAGCGGAUGCUGAUGCUGAUGCUGAUCAGGAGGCAGAGAGCGAGGCGUCCGGAGGGGAACGCGUCGCGCCUAGCGACGAUGAAGACGACGAGAAGGAUGUGGACGGAUCAGCUGUGGAGGCGCGAUCGUCGAAGCAACUUGACGCCUCGGACGAAGAAGCGGAAGGGAAGGACAGCGAAGCAUCUCGGAAGGGAGAGGGGUCCCCUUCUGAGAGUGAAGACGAAGGCGAUGCGGAAGAGUCCGUGAAUGGUGACGAGGAGCUGGCUGAUUUGGCUGCAGAAGCUCAAGGCAAAGACGAUGAUGUGCCACUCGAAGGGGGGCGGUCGCGCAGGUCGAGGACGACGGUCAUUGAUCCGAGCUCACCUAAGGGCAACUCUUCGCCAUCACUGCCGCCCACCGUCGUGCCGGAUGAGGACGCUAUGGUGAACUAAUGUCAGCAAGUUGAGGGUCACACAGACUUCGAGAUUCAGUCCAAUUUGUGGUCACACGUGUGGUGAUGAUCGCUCAUGUCACGAUUGACCCGGCGCUCGACCCGAAUCUGCUGUGCCAAUCAGAGCAAGGCGUUGAAGGCGAUCUUCAUCGGCAAGGUAAUGGUGAUGUUCAUG